UGGAGCUUUCAUGUUCAAGGACGACAAUGCGGACAAGGACACUAUCAACAGCGCCGAGGAGAUCUACGACGUCGGCACUUUCUGUCAAAUCACAAGCCUCUUCACAGUUCCGGCAGGCCAAAACAGCGAGGCGGCCACUACCGCAGUCCUCUAUCCCCACCGGCGAAUCAAGAUGAGAUCACUGAUCAAACCGAACUACACUGGUGUGAAGGAAGGCGAUACUAGCAAAGUUGAGGCUGCCGCGGUUGAGGCGACACUAGAAGGAGAGCCGACGGAGAAGGCGCAGGAAGAGUCAGUUGAGCAGAAGAAACCAGAGUCGGAGGAUAACAAGGGCGAUGUCGUUGCAAGUUUCGAAGAAACUGUCGCAGAUUCGCACAAGUUGGAGAAGCCAGACUUCUACUACGAGCCCACAGCUUUCCUACGAGAACGACCGGUAACUCUCAUCAACGUGGAGAAUAUCCCGGAGCAUCCUUACGAACGGACCAACAUGGAGAUUCGUGCUCUUGUCAGCGAGAUCGUCAACACCUUCAAGGAGGUGGCCUCCAUUAACAACCUCUUCCGGGACCAGGUUUCUGCCUUCAGCAACAGUCAGAACUCGGGCAACGUCGGCGAUGAGCCAGGAAAGCUAGCAGACUUCGCAGCGUCAGUAGCACAAGCUGAGUCAGCCGAGCUGCAGGAGAUCAUGGAAGAGGAGGACAUGCAAACUCGUCUGACCAAAGCUCUCACUGCUUUGAAGAAGGAGCUGAUGAACGCUCAGCUACAAAAGAAGAUUGUAUCGGAUGUCGAAAGCAAGAUCCACAAGAAACAGCGAGAGUACUGGUUGAUGGAACAAAUGAAGGGCAUCAAGCGGGAGCUGGGUCUGGAGUCUGAUGGAAAGGAAAAGCUUAUCCAGACGUUCCAGGAAAAAGCCAAUAGACUUUCGAUGCCCGAGGCAGUCAAGAAGGUGUUCGAUGAGGAACUUAGCAAGCUCGCACACCUGGAGCAGGCAGCAUCGGAAUUCAACGUCACCCGCAACUACCUUGACUGGCUCACACAGAUGCCUUGGGGUCAGCGAAGUGCCGAGAAUUUCGGAAUCAAACAUGCCAUGGCCGUGCUCGACGAAGACCACUACGGACUAAAGGAUGUCAAGGAUCGCAUACUUGAAUUCAUUGCUGUUGGUAAGCUCCGUGGCACUGUCGAGGGCAAGAUUCUAUGCAUGGUCGGACCUCCAGGUGUGGGUAAGACAAGUAUCGGAAAGUCAAUCGCGAGGGCUCUCGGCAGACAGUACUACAGGUUCAGUGUCGGUGGCCUUGCUGAUGUAGCUGAAAUCAAGGGCCACCGAAGAACUUACGUCGGUGCUCUGCCAGGAAGAAUCAUCCAAGCUCUCAAGAAGGUCCAAACUGAGAAUCCUCUCAUUCUCAUUGAUGAAGUCGACAAGAUCGGCAAGGGCCAUAACGGAGAUCCAUCUUCUGCGCUACUGGAACUCCUCGAUCCGGAGCAGAACAACUCUUUCCUUGAUCACUACAUGGACGUCCCAGUGGAUCUGUCCAAGGUACUGUUUGUGUGCACUGCUAACAUGACUGACACCAUUCCACGACCUCUCCUGGACCGGAUGGAAUUGAUUGAGCUCUCUGGCUACGUCGCCGACGAAAAGAUGGCUAUCGCUGACCGGUACCUCGCUCCCGCUGCGAAACAGCUCAGUGGACUCGAGAGUGUUGACGUACAACUCGAAAACUCCGCCAUUGUCGAACUAAUCAACAAGUACUGCCGUGAAAGUGGUGUCCGAAAUCUGAAGAAGCAGAUUGAGAAGGUAUACCGGAAAGCCUCGUUGAAGAUCGUCCAAGAUAUUGGCGAAGACGAUGUCCUCUCAGAAGCCAAGGCCCUGACGGACGAAGGUAAGGCUGCACAAGAAGAGGCCGCGAAAGACGAAACCGAUGUCAAGGAAACAUCCCAAAACAUCGCCAACGAAACCACCGAGAAACCCCGCGUCGCUCUCAAUGUCCCCAGCUCUGUCCACGUCUCCAUCACCAAGGACAACCUCGCGGACUACGUCGGCCCCCCCGUCUUCACCUCCGACCGCAUCUACGAAACCACCCCUCCCGGAGUUGCCAUGGGCCUAGCCUGGACCCAGAUGGGCGGUGCAGCUCUCUACGUCGAAUCCAUCAUCGAGAACACCCUGUCCUACUCCUCCCACCCCGGCCUCCAGCAAACCGGCAACCUCCGCCCCGUCAUGAAAGAGUCCGUGUCCAUCGCCUACAGCUUCGCCAAAGGCGUUCUCGCGCGCGAGUUCCCCAAGAACCGCUUCUUCGAGCACGCCCGCGUCCACCUCCACUGCCCCGAGGGCGCCGUUCCCAAAGACGGCCCGAGCGCCGGCAUCACGAUGGCCACGAGCCUGCUCAGCCUCGCCAUCAACGAGCCCCUGGACCCGACCAUCGCGAUGACCGGCGAGCUGACCGUUACGGGGAAGGUGCUGCGGAUUGGCGGCCUGCGCGAGAAGACGGUCGCGGCGAGACGUGCUGGCGCUAAGAUGAUCAUCUUCCCCGAGGAUAAUCUUAGCGACUGGCUGGAGUUGCCUGAGAACAUCAAAGACGGCAUCGCGGGCAAGCCGGUGGGCUGGUACCGCGACGUCUUCGGGCUCGUGUUCCCGGGCCUGGAUCGCGAGGCCGCGAACGCGCUGUGGAAGAAGGAGCUGAAGAAGCCCAAGGGGGCUUCGGCGCGCAAGGCGCUGCCGCAGCGGGAGGAGGGGGAGGGGGAGAUUGAGGAGGCGGAGGAGGAGGAGUAG